GGCGAGGCCUGAGCUGCAGCCCCCGCCCCGGGGCAGGGACGAUGCCGGUGAAGAAGAAGAGGAAAUCCUCAGGGCCGGCGGCUGCAACGGCGACGGACGACACCGGCCUCAAGAGAUGUAAACUCAGCAGAAUCAUAGAAUGGUUUGUGGUGGAAGGGACCUUAAAGAUCAUCCCGUUGCAACCCCCCUGCCAUGGGCAGGGACACCUCCCCACUAGACCAGGCUGCCCAAAGCUCCAGCUGUUGCAGAUCACAAGCCUCCGGUAAAGUAGUGAGUGGAGAGGAACAUUUUUCAAGCAAAAAGUGCCUGGCUUGGUUUUACGAAUAUGCAGGCCCUGAUGAAGUUGUGGGGCCUGAAGGAAUGGAAAAGUUCUGUGAAGACAUCGGUGUCGAGCCUGAAAAUAUUAUUAUGUUAGUUUUAGCCUGGAAACUAGAGGCUGAGAGUAUGGGAUUUUUUACCAAGGAAGAAUGGUUAAAAGGAAUGACCUCAUUACAGUGUGACUGUACAGAAAAAUUACAAAGUAAAUUUGACUUCUUACGGUCACAAUUGAAUGACAUUUCAUCCUUUAAGAAUAUCUACAGAUAUGCCUUUGAUUUUGCAAGGGAUAAAGACCAGCGAAGUCUUGAUAUUGAUACUGCAAAAUCCAUGUUAGCUCUUCUGCUUGGAAGAACUUGGCCGCUGUUUUCAGUAUUUUAUCAAUACCUGGAGCAAUCGAAGUAUAGAGUUAUGAACAAGGAUCAGUGGUACAACGUGCUAGAGUUCAGCAGAACUGUCCAUGCAGAUCUUAGCAACUACGAUGAAGAUGGCGCAUGGCCUGUACUUCUGGAUGAAUUUGUUGAAUGGCAAAAAGUGCGUCAAGCGUCAUAGCAAGAAUUGAAAAGAAAAUGCAAAAGGUUUUUUUGGUGCCUGCCUGUACACAAGCUAAUGAGACAAACAAAGGAUUGCAUUUUCAUUUUUAAGAAAGACUUUACAGUAAUUUUCUUCCUUUUUUAAGGAGGUUUUCUUGUUACACGUGAUAUGGGCAUUGAACCACACCUCUUCCAAGACUGAAAGUUGGAGUUCUUGUUUUGAGUCUUAUGUUGAUAGCAUUUAUUUCAGAACAAUAAAGAUUCAGAUUUGUGACAAAGGCCUAAAAGUGAAGAAUGUCCCUUGAAUGUGAGUGUGGUGUCUAUUUUUAAAACCAAAUCUUUACAAUUAUCUUUCUCAAAAGUGCCCUUUGCUGUGAAUUUUUGAAGACCUUAAAAAUGCUUACCUGGCACUGUUGCUUGCUGAUGGUAUGAUUGUCUUGUGUGACAAACAUUAGAAGGAAUGACUGAUUUUUUUUUUCUUGGAGCCCUAGGUGGGAGUGUGCUGACUUGUGUAUUAAGUGUUGGUCAUGGGUUGUGCCACAAUUUUCAGCUCCUUGUGGAGGAAAAAGCCUUAACUCUUUCUUUUUUGUUUGGUACCCACCCAGUGGUGUGGCAUUUAAUGGCAGGCCCUUUAAAAACAGGAAGGUGGAGAGCAUAUGGCUCUGUGUGCAGAACAGCUGAGAACUAUUGCCUGUACUACAGAUGGUGAACACAAAUAUGCUUUGGUACAGUAAGGCAGCUUCAAAUUUUUUUUUACUAUGAUUUAGACUUUGAAUUGCUUUGUAUAAAAAGUGCAAUUUGUAUUUUAAAAGGGAAAGCUGGAAAGACUUGGUUUCAGGCCUUGCUUCUUAAGUGUUUUCGACUGGAAGCAUUCACAAUGUGACUUUUUUUAUCUCCAUAUAUGCUUUUCAUAGUGUCAGUCAAGAAGAGACUAUUAAAUCACCUAGCAUUGACCUGUAUAUAACAGGGUAUUAAUUUUUACCGUGUUACUCUAUGCUUUGAGUCCAAUGACUACUGUGAUUGCCCUUUUAGGUGCUUAGUAUUUGUGGCAAACUUUAAAUACAGUAGAUUUUUGUCACUUUGCCUUCCUGCCCAGGAAGGCCCAGUGCCAACCUUGAGAAGGAAAGGGAUUUUAAUGAGUAAAUGUGAGAAACCAAAACAGAAUGAGAGAAUAAAGCAUUUGUAACUUCAUUUAUUUUAUAAAUGUAUUAUGUAGACUGUGACAAUGCCAUGAAACUCAGUCAGUGAUGAAGGCCUCAUUGUGCCAAAUAUUUCAACAGCUUGAAACAAGAAGAGACCAUUUAAACUAGGCAUGACUUGAAGAUCUUUGCCUCAGGGAAAUGACUUCUGUUUUGCACAUCCCUAUUCAAACUAACAAGCGUGAGCUUUCCUAUCCUUAAAGAAAGCUUUAUUCCCAAGAUGAAUUUUUUUUACAAGGGAGGGGUAGGGGGAAGGUGUGAAGAGAAAUACUGAGUAGUCAAACUAGUAGUGUGUGCCUGUGCUCUUGUUCUACUGGAGAGGACCACUCUUUCAACUCACUCUGCAGACCUCCUUGCUGUGGGCUGCAGGACGCGAUGCAGUGGUGGUUUGUGGGCUGUUCUGUGAGUGACCUGAUAGUACAGUUGAACCUUAGAAGCUUGCUUCUGCCUAAGCAGGAAAAAAGCGGUGAGAAUCGGGGGGGAGACGACCAACAGCUGAGAUACUUGGAAGAUCUCUUCUUCUAAUGUGGCUAGUGUCUGUGUGCAUGCAAGCAGAUGCACUUCAGCUGCUCUAAAUAUUUUUGCAGCUUUUUCAAGGGAAGUACUUAAGUUUAGAGCUCCUGUAGGUUCCAGCACUUCUCAUCAAUAUGUUACAAGUUGUCCACUUGCAUCGCUGGUAAUUCUGAUUUCACUCAUAGCAGAGUGCCUUUCAUUUGGAAGUUGCCCUACCCCGCAGAAAGUUAGUGCCAGAAUGAGAUUAAAUUCCAGAGUCCCAAGAUCUACUGGUACAGUCAGGUCCUAAGAUGAACAAAUAAGCGUGCACCAAUCAACUCAACGUCGUGGGAAGUACUGCUGUAUCCUAAAUCUCCGCAGGGGCACUGAUUCUGAAAAGACUUUCUCAAAUUCACUACAAGGGCUUUCCUUGCUUAGUAUGUUUAGUCCCUGUUAUAACUGGGAAAUUCUCUUCCCUGAAAUAACAGUUAGAAGGUGAAUGUUUUAUAGUGUGGUUGAGAAAAGAAAUAAUGAUCUUUUUUAGGUAACUACAAACUGCUGUGAAUUCAACUUAAACCAGUUGGUCCUAGAGGAUGAUAUUAGUCUAACAGUAGAAGUGAUGCAUCUACCAUUCCCAGUUGGUCAAGUACUUACUGUUAAAGUGUAAGACAUGAUAUGAUGUAUCAUUUGUAUCUCUGUUAAGGUUUUAUCAGUGUUCCUAUAAUAAAUCCAUGUUUCAGGGAUUUAUGACUUGGUUGUGUGUGUGAUGGAAAAUCGUCAGUUACUGUAAAACUUUGACUGAGAAUGAAUGUAUUUGAACUACUUAAUAUAGUUUUACAAAUUGGAAUAAAAUAGGAUUUUAAGUUAUGUUCUUGUGCUCAAAACUGCAAUCAGAUUUAUUGUUUAAAUGUGAACUAAUGGCUUGUACAGUUUCAUUGCAGGCUGAUCACUUUCAUUAGCUGUCUUCUAGUAAAUCAGCUUACAGCUUACUGUGGAUAAGAGCCAAAAGCUGUUUGUUUAUUUCAAUUUUCUUAACUUUGCGCACUUCCACAAUCCAAAACUGAGUUCAGCCGAGUACUUUCUUUAGUCUUUGUACUUUUAAUUUCGCUUUGCUCAGGUGUAUUUCACUCUAUUGAAUUAAGAAAAAGUGACACCUUAUUUCUCAGCACUCUAAGCUGAAAGCUCGCAGGUGAAAUAUUCUGCCACGGUUAUGAGAAAAAAUAAAAUUGAAGGUGAAAUGUCUUCCAAAACUAAAUCGUAGUGGUGUCUAUCUUGGUGUUAUAAACUUCACUUUAAUCUGACUUUCAUUUCUCAACACUUAUUCUUCCUAACGUAACUAAAUUUUUCCAGUUUUCUUAGACAACUGACAAUUUUGGGUUUAAAAUCCAAAAAUGCCCAUGUGUUCAUGAAAAAAGCCAUCCAUACUGGUAGAUUGGAAUGUAAUAUUUCUCCUAUGUAAAAAUGUGAUCAUGUAUUAAACAGUCAUGUAUAUUUACCUCUGUCUUUUAACUAUAUGUGUAGUUUUGAUCGGAUUUAUCUUUGCUGUUUAAACGCCUCAUUCCUUACCAAUGGCUGUAAUUUCACAUUUCUAUAUAGUGGCGUUUGAGUUUGGCAUUGGAGAUCUCUGCAGGAUCCUGGGACCCGUGCAGGCACCCCAGCAGGGGACACUGUGGGCUGCAGUUCCAUUCCUACGAUUUAUCCAUCGUUCAAAAGCCUUGAGCUGAUCUGUUAGUAUUGACUGCACAAAAACUGAAAAAGGGACCAUAAAUUUAACAUUUCUGAUGUUUUAUUAAUCUUUUAAGCUAGUGAACAGUUCUUUCAAUGCGAUGUGUACAAACCUGUACAGGUUUAGCUUUAAAUAUGAUGAAUAAAUAUGAUGGUAUAUAAUAGGGCAGAAAUCUUAUUUUUC